AUGGGCGCGCGGCUCUGCGGGGCCGGCGGCGGCCGCGGCGCCGGCUACGCCGCGGCCGAGGGCGGGGCCGCGGGGGCCGCGGCGGGCAGCCCGGGCGCUCCCCUGCGCCUCGAGGCGCCCUCCGAUGACGUGGUGCCCUGCGUCUGUCCGCUCGGGGGCGAGCGCUUCGCGGCCGGCGGCACGGAGGGCUGGUCUGGGGGCGUACCUCUACGACUGGACCCGCGUGGGCCUGAGGCAGGCUUCGCCGCCACGCCGGGCAGCGGCGCGGCCGCCGACGCGGUCGCCACGCCCGCGCUGGCCUUCCAGGGCCACGGCAUGUCCGUGAGCGCGCUGGACACCCUCGGCGAGGAGUCCGCCCCCGAGGCCCUGCUGUUCACCGGCUCCCGGGACUGCUCGGUGCGGCUGUGGGACCUGGCCACGGGGGGGCAGAUCUUCCAGCACAAGCUCCUCGCUGGGCGCCCGGCGAGAUUGUCGGGGGUUCGCGGGCAGCUCGGCGGAUGUGGUCAGAUCCCCGGCGUGGGCGAGAUCCUACGCAACGUCGUCACCGCUGUGCGGCGCCUGCCGGCUGCCGGCGCAGCGGCGGUGGUGCAGGCCAGCGAGGACCUGCAGCUGCGGCUGUGGGACGUGCGGGGCGGCCUCCGGCCCGCGGCCGCGGUGCCGGCGGGGCCGAACCAGGUGAUCUGCCUCGACGUGUCCGACGACGGUAAUCUCGUAGCGUGCGGCACCAAGGGCUUCUCCCGCGAGAACUGCGAGGUGAAGCUCUUCGACCUUCGCGGCGGGCUGCGCCAGCUGGCGUCGCAGCCUUGCGCGGACCAGGCCAUCGAGGCGCUGCGCGUUGUCGGGCCCGACCGCUGCCUGGUGGCCUCCAAGGACGGCUUCUUGCGCGGCGUGUCGCUGCCGGAGGCCCUGGUCGUCGGGGAGCGAGGGCCCGCGGCGGCGGGGUACACCGCCCUGGGCACGCAGCGGCGCGCCGUUGGGGGCCCCGUGGCCCUGGCGGCGCUGGCGGCGCCGGGCGGCGUGACGCUGGAGCUGCUCGCGUGGAAGGACGCGACGCUCGGCGCGCCGCCGGAGCUGCUGGCGAGCGCGGGGUGA